CGUGAGCCUCCAAGUUUUCAGCCCGUCCCGGUGAUACCGAUCAGUGAGUCCGUGGUCGGGUUCACGCGAGGAGCAUCCAGCAGCUCAGCCGCGCGCGCACGCACGCACGCACGCAGCGGAGGCUCGAGGAGCGGGUGUGAGCGUGCGGACGCUGCAGUCCGGAGGUCCCGGAGCUCAGGCCGGAGCGGGCGCGCUCCCUCCGCGUGCCCGCCGCACCGAGCAGCCUCAGCGCCGCAAGCCGGCCACAGCGCACCGCAGGGCGGACGGACAUGCUGCCGGGGGCCGCCUCGCGCCGCGGCCGCGCGGAGCUGUGAGCGCGCUCUCGGCGCCGUUACCGGGGAUGGUGUCGGGCUGCGGAGCGGAGACGGCGGGGUCAAAGUUCGGCGGCUGCUCCUCGCGCACGCACGCACGCACACACGCGGGGCCGGAGUUCCAGUAAGAGCCCCGCGCACGCGCAGCCGCUCUCAUAAACGCAGCGCAGCUCGCGGGCGGCGGACGGAGGACGGACAUGUACUCUCCGCUGUGCCUCACGCAGGAUGAAUUCCAUCCUUUUAUUGAAGCACUGCUGCCCCACGUCCGGGCCUUCGCAUACACAUGGUUCAACCUUCAGGCCCGUAAGAGGAAGUACUUCAAGAAGCACGAGAAGCGCAUGUCCAAGGAGGAGGAGCGCGCCGUGAAGGACGAGCUGCUCAGUGAGAAGCCCGAAGUCAAACAGAAGUGGGCGUCUCGCCUCCUGGCCAAGUUGCGCAAGGACAUCCGGCCCGAGUUCAGGGAGGACUUUGUGCUGACGGUGACGGGGAAGAAGGCGCCGUGCUGCGUGCUGUCCAACCCCGACCAGAAGGGCAAGAUGAGGAGGAUCGACUGCCUGCGCCAGGCGGACAAAGUGUGGCGGCUGGACCUGGUCAUGGUGAUUUUAUUCAAAGGGAUUCCCCUCGAAAGUACUGACGGGGAGAGGCUGGUAAAGUCUCCUCAGUGUUCGAACCCCAGCCUGUGCGUGCAGCCGCAUCACAUUGGAGUUUCAGUCAAGGAGCUGGAUCUCUACCUGGCCUACUUCGUGCAUGCAGAAUCCGGCCAAUCAGAAAGCCCGAAUCAGGCCAGCGAAUCAGACAUCAAGGAGCAGCCGGAGAACGGUCACCUGGGCUUCCAGGACAGCUUCGUGACACCUGGAGUUUUCACGGUGGCCGAGCUCGUCCGAGUGUCUCAGACGCCCAUCGCAGCCGGCACCGGGCCAAACUUCUCGCUGGCCGACCUCGACAGCUCCUCCUACUACAGCAUGAGCCCAGGAGCCAUGAGGAGACCACUGCCCAGUACCUCCUCCUCCAGCUCUGCCAAGAGGAUAAAGUGCAUGGAGGAGGACGUGGACAGCCCGGGGGAGGAGUCCUACUACCCAAGCCAGGGUCGGUCUCCAGGCAGCGGCAGCCAGGCCAGCAGCUGGCACGACGUGGAGCCAGCUGGAUAUAAGCUGCGUGGCUCUCUAGCUAGCUCUUUCAUCUCCCGACAAGCGAGCCCCCACGCUCCCCCUUCCAGCCUCCACUUCUCCUCCUCCCCCAUCCUGCAGCAGCCUGGCUCCUACUUCUCCCACCCAGCCAUCAGGUAUCACCCGCAGGAGACGCUCAAGGAGUUCGUCCAGCUGGUCUGUCCUGACUCCGCCCAGCAGGCCGGACAGGUGGGCUUCCUCAACCCUAAUGGUAGCUCCCAGGGAAAGGUCCACAACCCUUUCCUGCCGACGCCCAUGCUGCCUCCCCCACCGCCUCCUCCGAUGGCCCGUCCCGUCCCACUGCCUGUUGACGCCAAGCCGCCCUCCACCUCCUCCACUGAGGGAGGAGGAAACUCACCCACCUCACCCACCUACUCCACCCCCACCACGUCUCCAGCUCAGCGGUUCGUCAGCGUCGGACCUCGGGACCCCGGCUUUAACAUCCCUCAGCAACCACAGUGGUACCUGGGAUAAGGACUCCAGAGGCCCCUCCGCCCACCUGUACGACAGAUCGCUGCAGUCUCCUCUCCGACCUUUCACCUUUGAUGCCAGCUGUGACAGAAAGCCCAGUCUAACCUAUCCCUACUACUUUCCUGUUCCGCCUCCACCAGCACCACACACAGGCUCAGCAGCAUCAGCAUGGCUACAGCGGAUCAAACGCUCCGUGACCCCCUGCAAACUGUAUAUCACAGACAUCCGUGCAAACGUAUGGUUCACACCUCAGUGUCCAUAUACAGUGCCAGACCCACCCCCCCACCCCAAAUCCAACCAGGUUGAUAAGUACGUGGGCGACCUGAGCCUACAAUCUUUGGGAAAGACUGAGUCACAGAGCUUCUGACGACACAUAUGCUCUCCCAUCAUCCUUUGCAGCGGGUGCAUCCGUGGACUUACAGUCAUACGAAACCCUCCCCACACUCAUCACCUGCCCCCCCGUCUGGAGUCCGAUGGUUUGGGGGUUCGUGAAGUUGGGAUGUGGCACAGUUGGUACGAGGGGCCACCAACAUCGCCACCACCUGAGCCUUCACGGACUUCCUGGGAUGGACUUCACGCCCCUCGGUUGCUGGCAGGUCAGGGAGGGGGAAGUUGGAAGGCUCUUUGAAAGGACAUGGACCUGGAUGGAUGUGGAGGUGUGACAGGCGCAAACAGACGCCCCCACCUGUUUCACAGAAAUAACAAGAACUUCAUGUGGAGGGGGGGGGCUGUGACGGGCGACUGGGUGGAGGGUGGGUAUAAUCGUGGGGUUUUAGGGUUUAGGGUUUUCUUUAUGUGAAGUGUUGCGACCAGAUGCUGGUGGAUCCGAGUUUGUUCCUCUUGGAUGCUUUUUGGCUUCACGGCUCAUUGAUUUUUCUCUUUUCGCCACCAUUUCAGCCUCCUCGUCCUCCACCAUCCACCCAUGGGGGUGAAGCUACAGCAUGCUAAGAGUGGGCCGAAAACUCUGGUGUCCGAAUCGAGGCAGGCAGAUAGGAGAGAGAAGAGCAACUCAAACUUUACCAGUGAAAUAUUGAUCAUGAGGAAAGUGCAAUUUUGUUGGCUAGCUGUUGGAUAGUUAAAUAUCUUUGUAAGAUAGCUCGUUGAAAACAGUUGAUGAAAAGUAUAUAUAAAUAUAUAUUUUUCUUCCUAGUCCGCUCACACCUCUGGGACUCUAAAAUAGCGGGGUAAAAAAGACAACCACACAGCGCUGAAGUCGAAACCACAGCCGGGUGAGAAAUAAGGCGAGCUGUAUUCACUUUUAUCGUUUCUUCUUUGUCGUUUGUUCAUCGUGUGAAGCUGUUAGAUGGUAGAAUGAGAAUCCCUUUAACAAAUAUCAUUUUAAACAAUCAGUCUUUUAAAGCAGCUGAAGUCUGCGCUUCAUUUUGUUUGAGGAGGGAAAAAAACGCCAAGCGGUUAACUUAUUUUAAUGAGCACAUCGUUUUACUUUCGAUCCGAAUUUAAUGAAAUCUGGAGAAAAAGUACCAUGUGAGUUUAAGCUGAAAAUAAUCGCGUGGUUUAAUCUUUUAACGGGUGCCGCCCAGUAAGGGCCAGCCCUGCAAUUGGCUGGGUCUCCUAGAGGUCGUGCCCAGCCAAAAGCACUUAUUCCCGCAGUUGGCCAAUAGGCUGUGAGUUUGUAAUCAGGGGUUUUGGUUUAGCUAUGAAGAGGUAGAGCAGAGGGUAACUCUCUGGAAGCUUUCGUCCACAAACAGACGGCCGACAGCGCUUCACGUGCAACUCAGCAUUUUAUCGAUCUUCAGUUUUGUUUUUCCUUUCCUAUACUAUAUAUAUAACACAGACACACACACACACACAAACACACACACCACACACAAACACACACACACACACACACACACACACACACACCAGCGUUGAACAAAAGUGAAUUUAAGUGAAAAAGUUAUUUAAAAAAAGAACAAAAAAAUGCAUGUUCUAGUGUUAGUGACAGAUUUUUCCAUAGAUGAUGUAGUUAGUGAGAAAAGACACUAUAUUGUAAACCCAACAUCCGGCACUUGCCAGCAGCCGUCUAUUAGUUUCCUCUUGCUGUCCUUCACAAACAACCAGCUCUCUUCGCUUCUCGUCAUCUCUCCAUCCUUUUUAUUUUUCCUUCCUUCCUUUUCCUGCCACAACAGAUCAGUUCUGCUUCGGUUUCGAGACGUUCAUUCUUCCGUUUGAUCUCAGAUUGCACGGAAACACGUGUUCCUCAUCGAUGUGCCUUGAGCUUCAAUUCAGUCCUGAGAGGUUUCAUGAGAUCUGGCGUGGAGAGUCGUGAUUGGUUGUUUCUUUCCUUUAGUUUUCCUCCAUACCCGAGAUGUCGUAGAAGGCAUUGAAGCUGAGGAGGAACCCUUUGUAUUACGAGCUCUCGGGCCUGCGUGGCGUUCUGCCCCGCCCUCCAACACCUGCAGACCCGAGCAGAUGAAAUCUACACCAGCUACUAUCAGCUCCACGUGCUAACAGCUAAAAGCACGCUGAAGUUUGGUGGAAUGAGCACCCAGUCCGAGGUCAUGUGACGUGAUGAUGUCUGGUUUGAACAAAGGGAAGUGAGCAGCACGGUUUGAGCCAACAGUUCUGCAGCUAAAAGUAGGUUUCAGGAAGUGCAGAGGUCAAAGUUCAGGGUCUCUGCUUUAGCAGUUUGGUCUUAGUUUUACAGCUGAAAGUGUUCAGCCAACAGUUUCAUGAUGGCAGACUUUUCAGUAAGUGAGCCGACCACAUCACCUAAUGAACAAAACGUCAUCCAGGUCUUGGUGGUCUUACGCACUUCACCUGAAGGCAGCUGGACUUCUUCUUAAGGUUCCUCACCUCACUGAGAGGCUUCCUCCAUCCUAAAAGUUAAUGUGGAGUCCUGGUAUUUCUCUCAGGACCUCCUCCAAGAUGACAACCGGAGACUCCCUGUUUCUAGAAUGGAGGAAGUGUCUCCUUUAGAAGUAGGCUGAGGAGUUCACUCCUCCUGCUCCUCCACAUCAAAAGGAGGCAGCCGGGGUGUCAGGCACGGCUCACCUCAGAGAUUACAUAUCUCGGCUGUCCUGGGAACCAGCACCGCCGCUGUCCUUGGAGGUGGCAGAGGCAAGGGAAGUCUGGGCCCGGCCCCAGAUAACCUGCAGAAAAAGUCGAGCAGCUUUAAUGAUAAAUGUUAACAGAGCAGCAUAUUUGUUCGCCAUGAGCAAAACAAAAUGUGAACGAAUUAACACACCGACAGGUUUUAAAUAUCACUCUGGGUCACCACACCUGAAUCAAAUGAUAAGUUCAUUACCAGGCCUCUGGUGGUAAUUUAGCCAUUUAAAUCAGCUGUGUUGGAUCAAGGAGACAUCUAAAACCUGCAGGAAACCGGCCCUAUUUUAAAGCCUGGUUAGGACACUUUUGGUCCGAUGCUUUCCAGACCAGCUUGUUACAGGUGUUUAGAUGGUCACAUGAUUCUCUGAGAGUCUGCUACGCCUGGUGUGAGUAGGCUGUCACUGCAGGUGUGCUCAUUGCACUGACCUUCACGCUCGUGUUGAAGGGGCAGACUGCUCUCCUGCGAUGACUUGCGUCUGUUGCUGCGAUCUCUGAACAGCAAAAAAACGUUUCUUUCACGUCUUCCUGUUUCCAUUUUCAGUCCGUCAGUUCUUCUACUUUUGUUCCCACAUUUGAAUAACAAGGACAUAAAAUAUGCAAUACCUGCUUGCACUCAGACUUACGUAGUCUUCUGUUUCGUCUGUUUUGUGUUUGUUUUUUUCUUUCAACCAAAGUUAGCGUGCAUGUGACUUCUGUCAUGCUCCAUGGUCAGUCCCUGAAAAUGGUGAAGCCCCGCGGCGCCGCUCAGGGUGAUUUACUCCCUUCCUUCCUUCCUUCCUUCCUUCCUUCCUUCCAGACAACCACAGUCUGACAUCCGGGUCUCUCUUUCCCAAAUCCUUUUUAUUUGAUUCCUUUAGUUGCCUCCGACAAGUCCAACUUCUCGUCCAUCGUUCGGAAACGUUUCCGACGCCACUGCCCGCCUGCUGUGACGGCGCCCGCGGUUGUGACGGUCGAGUGGUUUCUCUUGCGGGUGCCGUGUUUCUUCCUCGUGUUUGUUCUGUCUCUGUUCUUGCCUACCCUUUAGCCAUGAGUUGGGCAUUAAUUAUCUGCACUAAAUAUGAAAUAAAUAGUGAAAA